AUGGAUGUCCAGGUGGUGAUUUUGUUGCUAAUACUCGCGUUCGUGAUCUGCGGCGUCGUGUAUGACGUCGAACUCAGUCCGCAGGGACGGAAGCUGCACUCUAGACGCUAUCGAUGGCGACGAUUAUUGAACUGGUUUCCCAUGGGUGUUGUCUACGCUGCAUUCUAUAUGGCCCGGUAUAACGUCGCUGCCGGCAACGUUUCAUCGGUGCGCAAUCAACUUGGCUUCUCCUCUGUCUACAUGGGCUGGGUUCUCUCUGCAGGGUCUUGGGCGUACGCCGUCAGCUCUCCUUUCACGGGGCAAAUUACCGAUUAUAUUGGCGGAAGAAAGGGCAUGAUCCUUUCGUGUGUCGGAGCAGCACUCUGCAAUCUAGCACUCGGAGUCAUCUUUCUCAGCAACGGGUCGCAUGUUGUGAGGCAAAUCUUCUUCAUUGUUUUCUACGCGGCGAACUUCCUCAUGCAGGGCUUCGGUACGAGCGCUGUGGUAAAGAUCAACGCGGCUUGGUACCUGGCAAGUGAACGAGGAGUGUUUGCUGGUGUUUUCAAUACAAUGUUGACGAGCGGAUACUACUUGUCACUGGGCACCGGCAGCAGCAUUAUCGAGUCUUUGGGCUGGGCCUACGUCUUCAUUAUUCCGGGUGGUGCUCUGCUCGUGAUGUCAGUCAUCGUCAUGGCUUUCAUCGAGCCUCAAUGCGUGUCAUGUGAAGAUGGAGUAAUAGAGGAGGAUCUAACUCCCCAACAGCAGAUGAAGGAGCUCCUGAAGAACUACACAUUUCUUGGAUACCUUGCCGCGUUAUUUUUCCUCUGCUGGACUCGUGACGGCUUUCUCAACUGGUUCCUCUCCUUCUUCGACGAUGUGCGUUCGACGCCGUUAACAUCGAGUGACACGGCUAUCAUUGGAGGCGCCUGGACUAUUGGAGGGUUCGUCGGAGGCAUCCUUUGCGGCUGGAUCAGUGACGCUGUGUUUAAGUCGAAUCGGGUCAAGCCAAUCUUCAUAUUUUCACUUCUGCAGGCUGUCGUACUCGGAGUCAUCUACUCGGUGAGUGCGACGUGCAGCGUAGCGGUACUAGGAGCUCUCACGUUCCUCUCGAGCGUAUUUAUUCUGGGCAACUACACGUUGCUGAGCUACACGGUGCCCACGGAUCUCCCCCAAGAUAUCGCUGCUGGGGCCACCGGUAUUAUGCACGCUGUUGGGUAUUUCUCGACCGGUCUUUCAAGUGCUGUAAUGGGCAACGUCAUCGAUGGUGCGGGGUACAUUGUAUGGGCAAUGUCACUCAUUGUAGCGUCGGUGCUGUCAGGUAUAUUUGUCAAGCUGGGAUCACAUUUCUCGAAGGACAAUACAGCAAAACCUCAUCAACCAGUCACAAUUACCACGAUGACCGAUGCAUCUGACGAGACGUCGACCUGCUCUGAUGGAAACUUCACGAUUUUGGAGGGGACUCCGAAACAAAAUAUUGUGAAAGCUUCAUCAUCGUUUUGA